CACACCCGAUAGCAGAAGUUGUUUGAGUCCACUUUGUGACGCCUGUGGAAAUCGGGCCUGGUGAACUUCAGUGAAAGUAGUUUUGCUUCGAAUUGAACUUCGGUUGUGACAAAAACCGCUCUCCAUUCCCGAGCCGCAGCUUGCACAGAAGAACGACUCUUUCGCGAACGGAUUUUUCGUCAUUAUGAUUGACAUCGCGUCUCUCGGAAAACCUCUCACAAAGGUAAGACAACAGCGCUGGUGAGCCCCGGUUCGGUUGCAGGCCCCCGUGAUAUGUUGGAAUAUUCCCCAGGAAUGAGCGAAAAAGGAAACUCACAGGCGAGCUUCAGGGGCGUGCGGAGCAGCAAGUUCCGGCACGUGUUCGGCAGCCCCGCGCGCAAGGACCAGUGCUACGAGUGCCUCAAGAUCACCAAGAAUGCCCACGACAGCUACUUCUGCGCCGUCAACCCCAAAUUCCUGGCGGUGGUCACCGAGACGGCAGGAGGAGGCUCCUUCCUCGUGGUCCCCAUCGAAAGCACUGGCAGAGUGGAGGUCUCUGCUGGCAAGGUGACAGGCCACAAGGGACCAGUGCUUGACCUAAAGUGGAACCCAUUCAAUGACAAUGUGAUUGCAUCAUGCUCAGAUGACUGCACAGUGAAGCUGUGGUACAUCCCGGACGAGGGACUGCCCCGCAACACCAGCCUGGUGGAUCCACUGGUGGACCUGCGAGGGCACCGGAGACGGGUUGGCUACGUGGAGUGGCACCCGACAGCAGAGCACGUUCUCCUCAGCGCUGGGUUUGACCACAGUAUCCUGGUGUGGGACGUGAGCCGUGCUGAGGCAGUGCGCACCAUCGACUGCCACCCCGACUCGAUCCACUCCAUGUCCUUCAACCGGGACGGGAGUCUGCUGGCCACCACCUGCAAGGACAAGAAGCUCAGGGUCAUCGACCCUCGCACGGGAAACGUCAUACGGGAAGGUGUCUGUCACCAAGGCUCUAAAGCUGCCAAGGUGGUUUUCCUGGGCGACACAGGGCGCAUGUUCACCACCGGUUUCUCAAGAUUCAGCGACAGACAGUGGGCCGUCUGGUCUCAGCACGACCUGUCGAAGCCCCUGAGGACCGAGACCAUUGACUCGUCCUCCGGAGUCCUGUUCCCGUACUACGACCAUGACACCAAGAUGGUCUACGUGGCUGGCAAGGGCGACGGCAACAUCCGCUACUACGAGAUGGUCCAGGAGGCCCCCUGGUGCCACUACCUGAGCCAGUUUCUGACUGGCUGCCCCCAGCGGGGCCUUGGUGUCAUGCCCAAGCGGGGCCUGGAUGUGCGCAGCUGCGAGGUCUUCCGCUUCUACAAGCUGCACGCCACCAGGGGACUCUGCGAGCCCAUCUCCAUGAUCGUGCCCCGCAAGUCGGAACAGUUUCAGGACGACCUGUUUCCGGACACGGCGGCACCGACCCCAGCUCUGACGGCCUCGGAGUGGCUCAGUGGGAAGAACAGGAACCCAAUCCUAAUCUCCAUGAAGACUGGAGCGGGGGCCAGGACGCACAAGCCCGUGCUGUACACCGCAGACAAGAACCUGGUGACUGCCGACCGGAACAAUGAGCGCAAGUUUGUCUUCAUCUCGGAGGAGAACAACGUUGACUACCGACAGAAGUUGGACAACCACCAUCACCACAAUAACAACAGCAGCACCACCAACAACAACAACUGCGAGAACAACCACAUGCAAAGUCACAACGCCCUCAAUGGUGGGCAGAAACCGCCUGUGGUGGCUGCCAAACGGUUUGCGACCUCACCGGGUCGCCACUUUGCCUGGCGCCGUGGUGGCAGCGGAGGUAGCGAAGACAACGAAGACGACGCCGGGAGGCUCUUUUGCGACGUGGUGUCGAGCCACACGCUGCCCGUGGCCACCUUUGUCACCAUCCAGGACAAUGACAGCAGCGCCAGCGAGCCCGAGCUGGACUUCGAGCUGCCCCGGACAGAGGCCGAGCUGCGCAAGGCCUACAAAAGCCAGGCGGCAGAGCUGAAGCGCCUCAAGGACCAGCUGACGGCCAAGGACAAGAGGAUCCAAGAGCUGGAGGCCCAGCUGCAGGGCGUCGGCCUCAACGGCCGCUAAGGGGAGGGCUCACGAGGCUCCACGGGGCCAGCCGAAGCAUCCUGCUGUACAAAGCCACUGCGGACGACGGACGCCUGCAACAGAUCGGCCCGUGCUUCGCAUCCCGAGACAGACGGGGCCAAUGAAAUUGUGCUGCAUUCCAACAGUGUCCGCUUUCGAUUGGUGCACAGCUGGAGUUGUGUAACGAGUUCUCGAGCUUAUGCAAGAAUUACCGGCCCCCUUUUUGCCGUCUAUUCUGCCUCGUUUUUAUGUUGCCGACACGAACUGGAACUCUCAAGCUGGACACAGACGCGACUCGAUCCGGGGGGAGACAGUGCUUUUUAUCUCGCAGAACGCUGCUGUCGUGCAAUAGCACUUACUUAAUCGCCGGGCAUACCGAAACAGUAUAUGCUGCGUCAAAUGCACAACACUGUGUGGGGUCCGGUGACUGCCAUGCUGUUGUUUGUCAAGUCUCGAACUUCAAUGCCGGGUAGUGCUUCGACCAUUCGCUCAAAGCAUCGCCUUUUGCAUGUAUUUGCGACGAAACCAGUUUUUACACAGUCGCUGUUUUCCUCAUUAAGCUCGUACUGGAAGUAGCGCUUUGCAGAUGAACGACCCGUUUCGACUCAUUUAUACGGCUUGGCUUUUGUCAUUUUUUUUUUUUAACUUGAGUGCACACACUGCUGUUCAUUGAAAGUGCUUGUAUAGCGGUCAUUUGAGGGCUGUUCACUGCCUCCAAUUGGCACAAAACUAUCCUGCAAUGUAUGCAAGGCAUGCAAGUUUCACAAAAAAAAAAAAAGCAAAUGAAAAAUUUGAAUGUUUAUGGCCCCCAUAUUGUGGGCCACCACCAGCCACAAAGCAGCAAAACAAUUAAAACCUAGAUAUUAGAAUAGCUGAAACUAAUAGGACAAAAGCCUUUUUUAUCCAGAUAGGAUUGCCAAUGCUUCCUACCUUUGUUGGUGGAAUGAGCCCAUGAAUCUGAGCAAGCAAAAUUAUUGGGGUAGUUGCUCUUACCUUGUAUGUUAUACUAAGUCACGUCAGUGCAUUUUGUUCAGAGCUAUCCAAUGGCUGAAAGCCCAUUUGUUCAUUGGAGACAAUGUUGAAAGCCUAAAAAUUGAGUCACGAGGUGUUCCUCUACAUUUGUUGGAACAGAUUUGCCAGUGCAGUUGGAAGGCUCAAAUAAAGAGAAAUUCUUUGAAGCUAAACACUCUGCUCUCAAUGUGUGCAAAUCAUACAUCACAAGACACUUCCAGCAGUUGUCAAGCAGUUUCAGUAAAAACUUUAUUUAACAAUGGAACCAAACAUGGACAAAGCCCUUGCUGAUAAUUUACACUUCUGCACCCAAGUGGCAUACCUGCAUCGCAGAACACGAUGACUGCAACAGCAAAGCCUGCACUAUGCAAGUUACGAGUUUUAAAUUGGCAGAGUGCAGGCCUCCCUUUUGCACCUCUUGAUGCAACAAUAAAAAGAACCUCAUUUUCAUCAUCAUGGAAGUGUUUUCAAAGGGGAACCGACGAAAGAAAGUGGCAGAAGGGAGUCUCGGAAGAUGACGAUGAUGUAAUGUGCUCAUGCUGCACCCUGUCCCUAAAGGCUGGCGCUCUGCCCCCACCAGUCUCCGCCGCCCUGCUCAUUGCCAAACCAGCAGUUUCCCCAAAGAGGAACAGAGCUCAGGGUUAGGGAAUGUGUGGCAUGCACACUUUGCCUCAAAGCUGGUCUGAGGUAAAGUGCAACUGUUGUAAUGGUACAGAGCUAUACACAAGAUAAAAUGUGGCUUUUUUUUUUUUCUGUGGCAGGGAAACAAUAAAAUGAAAUAGGAAAAAAAAAAAA